AUGAGUGGAACUAAACGUACAGGAUUUGCAUAUUUUUUUGCAUUAAUCGGUGGUCUUUUUGGUUUACAUCAUCUUUAUUUGGGUCGUACACAACAUGCUUUAUUAUGGUUUACUACAUGUGGUGGUUUUGGUAUUGGUCUUCUCUAUGAAUUCAUAUUUUCAAUAAGAGACUAUGUUCGUGAAGCAAAUAAUGAUAAUCUAAUACGUAAUCAAUAUCAACAGAAAAUGCGAGAACAAAAAUCGCCAGCUUUUGAAUUAAUAAGAUUUUGUGGUCAAUUUCUUACUGCUGUUUUUUAUGGUUGUAUUACUUAUUAUGCUUUUCCUGAUACAUGGCUACAAAAAACAUUCCCAUCAUUAUUUAUUGCAUCUUGUUCAGCUAUUGCUAUUGCUCUUGGCACUCAAUUAGUUGGUACACUUGGUCCUCGUCAAUGUUCGUUUAUUUGGCCAUUAUUAGGUGCUGGAUUUGGAAUACCAUUUCUAAUGACAAAUGGUAAUACAUCACCAUCAUUUAAUAUCGCAGCAUUUCUUUCAUGUUUAAUAUUUGAAUGGAAAAUUGAUUGGGAUCCAGAAUAUUUUCCAGAAGAAUCUACUUCAACAUCAACAAAAGCGGAAAAAAAACCACGACGUCAUAUUAUUAAACGUUGUCUUAUACUUGGAUGUGGUGCAAUUGUAUUUGGAAUAAUAUUAUCAUCAGCUAUUUAUCAAAAUUUACAUGUUGAUAUUAAUGGUGAACGUGUUAAAAUCAAAGAUGUUAUAGCAGAUUUUUUUAAAUCACAAGAAUUUAUACAAUUAUACAACCAAUUAUCAUAUAUCAUGAAAGAAUUGUAUAAUUUUUAUUUACAAUAUGGUUUUAAAGGUAUAUGGACACAGAUAUGGUCAGAAUUGAAUUCUGCAAGUGAUAAACAAGCAUUUGAGGUACUUAAUCUUAAAUCUGAUGCUUCACAAAAAGAAAUUGAACUCCAAUGUCGAACAUUAUCACGUAAAUGGCAUCCUGAUCGAUAUCGAGAUAUUGAUGAAAAACAAAAAGCUGAAGCUACAUUUAUGAAUAUUCAACAAGCAUGUAAUCGUUUAUCAGACGAACGUAAACGACGUCAAAAUAUUAAUACACAAAAACGUGAAAAUCCAAAAUAA